AAAUUUGUCAAAUUUGCCUCCAGAUCUCAGGCACGCAGCAGAUCGCCAUCCCAAGUCGCCGACGCCCAAGCGGCUGCUCGUCCGUCCCGGAUUUGCCCCUUCCCGCUAUCUGAAAUUGCAAAAUCAGCGAGUUUCUACCGAACGCCUGGACCUCACCUGCAGGCCCCCGGAUCCAGCCGCCCAAAUCUCACCUAACCCUUCACUCAUCCGCCUGCGCCAGCUCUAGAGAAGGAGGCGCCGGUGAGCGAACGAUCGAUCGAGUCCGUUAGGUGGGGAGCAGCCAUGGCGGGGCACGGGGAGGAGGAGCCGCCAACGACGGGCGAGGUCGGCGGCGACAAGCUGAUACUGCGGGGGCUGCAGUUCCACGGCUUCCACGGCGUGAAGCAGGAGGAGAAGACGCUCGGCCAGAAGUUCGUCAUUGACGUCGACGCCUGGAUGGACCUCGCCGCCGCCGGGGACUCCGACGACAUUUCGCACACCGUCAGCUACAGCGACAUCUACAGUGUCUCAUCCUGCAGGAUAGCCAAGAGUGUAGUAGAAGGUCCGUCGCGUAACCUUUUGGAGUCGGUGGCUCAAUCGAUUGUCAACACCACGCUGCUCAAGUUCCCUCAGAUCUCUGCUGUUCGAGUGAAGGUCGGGAAACCUCAUGUCGCGGUGCAAGGCGUCGUGGACUACUUGGGAGUGGAGAUACUGAGGCACAGAAAAGCAUGAGCAGAACUUCAGCAUAUGAGAAAGCCUGACCAAAAUGCUCCCUCAGAAUCGCAGUUGAGCUGAUUUCCGUGUCUUGUCUACAAUUAUAAACGUGGUGUUGAUUGUGGUCUUACUCUCGGCUGUUGCUGAAAUUGCCGCAAUCAUGGAAAAAAAAUUGAUGGUGCUACUAGGUUUUGCGCAGACUGAAAUAAAAGUCAUCUUGCGAGUUGCGACGUGCA